AGUAAUGAAAGGCAGUAGUAGGAAUAAGGAUCAUUCGACAGAAGGAGAAGGAACUGGGAAGCGACCAAAAAGAAAGUGUCUUCAGUGGCAUCCCCUGCUUGCCAAGAAACUCCUUGACUUCUCUGAAGAGGAGGAGGAGGAGGAAGAGGAGGAAGAUAUUGAUAAGGUGCCACUCCUUGGUGCUGACGGUUUAGAGCAGGAUGCUGAUGAAACUGAAGAUGACGAGUCCUCAGAGCAACGAGCUCGCCGACCAAUGAAUGCAUUUCUCUUGUUCUGCAAACGCCAUCGCUCUCUCGUGCGAAAAGAACACCCUCGGCUUGAUAAUCGUGGCGCAACCAAGAUCUUGGCAGAUUGGUGGGCUGUUUUAGAUCCAAAAGAAAAGCAGAAAUACACUGACAUGGCCAAGGAGUACAAGGAUGCAUUUAUGAAGGCAAAUCCAGGGUACAAGUGGUGCCCCACAACAAACAAACCUGUGAAAACCCAGGCAUCCUCUGUUACAAACAGGAAAAAGCUAUGGGCCUUUGCAUCAGACUCUGCAAAAGAUUUACCAAGCCCAAGGAAAGGGACAAAAAGUGAAGAAAUGCCACAGCUUAACUUCGGGAUGGCAGAUCCUACACAAAUGGGAGGCCUGAGUAUGCUGCUUCUAGCAGGGGAACAUGCCCUGACUGCACAAGAGGUUUCCUCAAGUACUUUCCAGUCUGAUGCAACUAAUUCUACAGAAGCCUGUCAGAAGUCAUCACUGUUUCAGUUUGCAGAGAUCUCAUCAAAUACUUCCCAGUUGUCAAGUCGUGAGCCAGUAAAGCUCUGUGGGAAGUCGGCACUCUUCCAAUUGGCAGAGAUUUCUUCAAGUACAUCCCAUUCAGGUCCUUCUGAUUUAACAAAGCAGUGUGGAACAUCAGCAUUAUUUCAGCUGGCAGAGAUGUGCCUUGCUUCAGAAGGAGUAAAAGUGAAAGAACCUGGGAAAAGAAAAGUGGAAGCACCAGAAGAUGUGGGAGGGGAAGUUCCAGAGGAAAUGGAAGUAGAAGAACUGGAAAAAACAAUAAAAGACUCCUGUAAAGGAAAAGUAGAUCAAUCAGAAAUAGAGAAAAUGCAAAACCGGGAUGAGACUAAAGCUGAGGAAUCAGAAACUGCAAAAUGCAGAGAUUUUACUAGCCUUGCAAUGGAGAGCAGUCCUUUUGAGAGAAAUGAUAACACGAAGGAUCACAUGUGCUGUUCUCCAGAGCUUUCAAUGGCUGACAUGAAUAUCCUCGGGCUAAAGCCAGAAAAAAUAAAGAAGAAAAAGAAAAAAAAUAAGUUGGACCGGCACACAAACGAAAAAUCCACCCCCAAGAAACCUUGUAAAAAGAGGCAGUCCUCAGAGUCGGACAUUGAAAGUGUAAUGUAUACAAUUGAAGCUGUUGCAAAGGGGGACUGGGGUGCUGAGAGACUUGCGGAAACUCCCCGCAAAAAAACCCGCCCUGUCUCAAAUGUGAAGGGAAGCCUGUUGGAUACAAAAUCACCAAAGAAAAAAGUGAAAUCGAAAGAGAAAAAAACAUCAAAGGAGAAACCCUCGGAGACCACCAAAGAAUCAAAGCCUCCCGAUUUCCUUAGUAUUGCAGCCAGCAAGGAGGAACCGUGUGAGGCUUCUGAUAACAUUAAAGUGGAACCACUGACCCCAACAGAGGAGGUGGUACCCCAAAGCUUACCAGGACAGGUCAAAACUGAGGACAGUGACUGUGUUAAAAAAAUAGAAACCUGUGGCUCCAGGAAAUCGGAGAGAUCUUGCAAAGGUGCUCUUUAUAAAACUCUGGUGUCAGAGGGCAUGCUCACAUCUCUGCGUGCUAACGUGGACAGAGGCAAAAGAAGCUCAGGAAAAGGCAACUCCUCAGAUCAUGAAGGAUGCUGGAAUGAAGAAAACUGGGCUUUUUCCCAAAGUGGGACAAGUGGGAACAAAAAACUGAAAAAGCCUAAGCCAAAGGAGGAGUUUGUUUUUGG